GUAUGGUUUUUGGAAAUGAAAAUGGGUUGAGUGCGUAAUGUAUGUACAGUCUUGGGGGGUUUUAGUAUAAUUUCUUCAAUUUUAGGGUUUGCCACGAAAAUCCCUCUAGUCUCUUAUCACUGAAUCUCGCUUUCUAUCGUUUUUUGAUCUUCAGUAGUUGGCGAAGAUGGAUCGCACCAUUGUUUCCAGAAAUGGAGAUUGUUCUCAGACGGCUUCUGAUGCUGUGGCAUUGACGAGGAUUAGUGAUCCUGAUCCUAUCAAGAAGCAAAUCAAUGCUUUUUCGGCAAUCAGCGUUAAGCAGGAUGACCCAUCCCGUUUCUUGAGUCUCUUUUAUGAGAGUGUGAUAGCUGGGGGGACAGCUGGCGUUAUUGUCGAAGCUGCCCUAUACCCAAUUGAUACGAUCAAAACUCGACUACAAGCAGCUCACGAUGGAGGAAAGAUCAUAUUGAAGGGUCUGUACUCUGGACUUGGUGGAAACCUUGUCGGUGUUUUACCCGCUUCGGCCAUAUUCAUCGGUGUAUAUGAACCAGCCAAGCAAAAACUGUUGAAGCUUUUACCCGAGAAUCUUAGUGCAUUUGCACAUCUGACUGCAGGUGCUUUGGGAGGUGCAUCAUCAUCUAUUGUUCGUGUACCAACAGAAGUUGUGAAACAACGGAUGCAAACCGGACAGUUUUCUUCGGCUUCUGAUGCUGUUUGUCAAAUUGUAGCCAAGGAAGGAUUCAGAGGUCUCUAUACGGGAUUUGGAUCCUUCUUGUUACGAGAUCUGCCUUUUGAUGCUGUCCAGUUUUGCGUGUAUGAGCAACUGCGAAUUGGAUACAAGCUGGCUGCUAGAAGGGAUCUAAACGGGCCGGAGAACGCAAUGCUUGGUGCCUUUGCGGGUGCUGUGACUGGAGCUCUUACCACUCCAUUUGACGUGAUCAAAACCCGGCUAAUGGUUCAGGGGGCAGGAAGCAAAUAUAAAGGGGUUUCGGAUUGCGUAAGGACGAUAGUAAGAGAGGAAGGAUCAUCAGCUCUGUGGAAGGGCAUCGGUCCAAGAAUACUGUGGAUUGGUGUCGGAGGCUCGAUUUUCUUCGGAGUUCUUGAAAAGACGAAGCAGAUUCUUUCGGAGAGGAAACGAGACAGUCAUAAGCUGAACUCUUCCUAAUCUAUAGAUUGCAGCUAUCAUCAUCAUCAUCAUCAUCAUCAUCAUCAUCAUCAUCAUGUCUUGUCCUACGGAUGGGUUCAUUUCGGGAAAAAAAGGAGAUCGAAAAAGAUCGAAAGUCCAUUUGACACGAGUUGAUGUUUUUGGUCUAAAUUGUAAUUGUGAAGAUGCUGAAUAAAAAUGUCAUCUACUUCUUUUGAUGAUAGGUUAA